UCAACAGGAAGUUAACAAUGGCGACCAAAGUACUCAUGGUUGCGGAAAAGCCAAGCAUCGCUCUUUCAAUUGCUACAGCACUGUCCGGUGGUCGAGUAAAUCCUUCCAACUCCCAUUUUGUGCCUCUUCUAUCGUACUAGUUACAUUUGUAACUAUGUGAAGUUGAUAUUGGUUUUGAAUAGCUGAUUAGCUGUUGAACUUUUCAGAUAGCUACGUUAAAUUAUGACAUAUAGUUUAAAUUGCAAUUGUUGGCGUUUUUGUGCCGAGCGACUUAGAUGUCAUCACGAAGGGGUAGUACGGAGGUUCAUGAGUUUGAUGGUACAUUUUUAGGGUACCGGGUACAAUAUAAAGUGACAUCAGUGAUUGGUCAUGUUUUCAGGUUUGACUUUAACAUAUCUUACUAUCUACACUUCUUUUUCUGCAAAUCUAGUGUAGAUUUUCCACCAGCUUAUCAAGACUGGGCAGCCACAGAUCCUCUCAGUCUUUUUCAAGCUCCAGUUGUCAAGUCAGAAUCAAACCCGAAGGCUCAUAUUCGUCAACAUCUAAACCGGGAGGCUCGUGGUUGUGGAGAUCUGGUACUGUGGUUGGACUGUGAUCGUGAAGGAGAAAAUAUAUGCUUUGAAGUUAUCGAGUGCACGGGAUUUGCCAAUGAUGGUAGAAGAGUUCAUCGUGCACGAUUUUCUUCUGUGACGGAGAAAGACAUUAUCCAUGCUAUGAAAAAUCUUGUUGAGCCCAACAAAGACGAGGCAUUGGCUGUAGAUGCUCGGCAAGAAAUAGAUCUGAAAGUUGGAGUUGCAUUUACACGAUUUCAGACUACUUAUUUCCAAGGAAAAUAUGGAAAUCUGGAUUCUAGGGUUAUCUCAUAUGGCCCAUGUCAAACCCCUACCCUUGGAUUUUGUGUGCAGCGCUACCUUCACAUUAGUACUUUCAAGCCAGAAAAGUUUUGGGUUGUGCUUCCUUACAUAAUAAAGAAUGGUUUUGAGCUAAAGCUGGAAUGGAAUCGUAAUAGGUUGUUUGAUCAUGAUGUGGCAGAGAUGUUUCAAAAGUUAGUAGCAGAAGAUGCAGUUGUGAAAGUUAUCAGUACGUCAGAAAAACAAGAGAGCAAAGGUCGCCCUUCUGGUCUUAAUACGGUGAAUCUUUUGAAGGUUGCUUCAAGUGCACUAGGGUUUGGACCUCACCUGGCCAUGCAAUUGGCUGAGCGCUUGUAUACCCAAGGUUUUAUCAGCUAUCCACGGACAGAGAGUACGGCAUACCCUUCAUCAUAUGACUUUAAAGGAACUCUUGGGACUUUGGUGAGUAAUUCAGUAUGGGGUAGUUAUGUCCAGACACUGCUCAGCAAUGGUUAUCAUAAACCCCGAUCAGGAACUGAUGUAGGUGACCACCCGCCAAUUACUCCUAUGCGAUCAGCUAAUGAAGAUAUGCUAGGUGGAGAUGCCUGGAGACUUUAUCAGUAUGUUUGUCAACAUUUUCUUGGUACCCUGUCUCCUGACUGCAAAUACGUAAGGAAAAAGAUCGAGUUUUCUGUGGGUGGAGAAUUCUUCCAUUGUGUUGGGCAGCACGUCACAGUGAAAGGAUUUACAGCAAUAAUGCCAUGGUUGGCAGUGCCGGAGAAAAAUCUACCUCAGUUUACAGAAGGGGAGAAAAUAGAGAUUUCAAAGGUUGAGCUAUAUGAGGGUAAAACUGCGCCUCCAGAUUACCUGUCUGAGAGUGAGCUGAUCUCUCUAAUGGAAAAGCAUGGAAUAGGAACAGAUGCAUCCAUUCCUGUUCACAUUAACAACAUAAGUGAACGGAACUACGUGAAGGUAGAGGCUGGAAGAAGGUUGGUUCCAACGGUUUUGGGUGUUAGUCUUAUAAGAGGAUAUCAAUGUAUAGAUGCAGAUCUUUGUUUGCCCGACAUACGAGGUUUCAUAGAGCAGCAGAUCACUCUCGUUUCUAAAGGUCAAGCAGAUCAUUCGCUUGUUGUGCAGCAUGUACUUGAACAAUUUAAACAGAAGUUUAACUACUUUAUUAAGCAGAUUGAAAAUAUGGACGCAUUGUUUGAAGCACAAUUUUCUCCUCUUUCAGACUCUGGACGUUCACUUAGUAAAUGUGGAAAAUGCUUACGAUAUAUGAAGUACAUCGCUAUGCUUCCAUCACGGCUAUACUGUAAUACAUGUGAGGAAGUCUAUUAUGUUCCUCAAAAGGGCACAAUUAAGCUGUACAAAGAACUAACAUGUCCUCUGGACAACUUUGAGCUUUUGCUGUUUUCCAUGGCUGGACCAGAUGGCAAGUCAUUCCCUCUUUGCCCUUAUUGUUACAACAAUCCUCCAUUUGAAGGUAUAGACACAUUAUUUGGUGCCCCCAAAACUGGUGGUUCGGUCAAGUUGGGAAAGGGCGUUGGGAUGCCUUGUUUUCUCUGCCCACACCCUACGUGCCGCCAUUCCUUGAUAUCUCAAGGGGUGUGUGCCUGCCCAGAGUGUGACGGGACCCUCGUUCUUGACCCGGUCAGCGCUCCCAAAUGGAGGCUUUAUUGCAACAUAUGCAAUUGUCUUGUUUUGCUUCCCCAAGGUGCUCAUCGGAUAAGCACAACCAAGGAAAGGUGUCCUGAAUGCGACUCCACCAUAAUAGAAGUGGACUUUAAUAAGAAAACAACACCUUUGAAGGAUGGAGCUACACUUCAUGUUGGAUGUAUUCUUUGUGAUGAGUUGCUUCAUUCGCUCGUGGAAAUGAAGCAUGGGAAGUCAUUCUUUAGACGUGGCAGAGGGAGAGGAAGAGGUAGGGGAAGAGGCAGAGGACGACGAGGUGGUAGGAACCAAGACCCCAAAAUGAGCUUUCGAGAUUUCUGAAAACAAUGAGGGGCAUUUGUAUAAUUUGGUUUUCGUUUGGUAACAUGUACGAGAUAAUGCACUUACUAAACAAAUCUAGGUCUGUUGAUACAAAAUUGAUAGAAACUUUUUAUUAAUUUUUUGAUAGAAAUUGAAAAUGCAUUAGAAGCUGAAGAUGAAAGAGAUGAAACACCAGAAGUUACCAAAAUUGCAGCUAUUCCAACACCCUGUUGGUACAC